GUGUGUGUGUGUGUGUGCGUGUGUGUUCGCACAUGUGUCUGCUGUCAUUGCUGAUAAAUGACUCUUAGCAGCAGGAAAUAACACGUAAAAGAUUCAAUAUCCUGAGCGUAUGAAUGUGUCUGUGUAUGUGGGUGUGUCUGUGUGUCCCAUACUGCUGUGUUGAGUCAUUGGCAAUGUCUCGUUUUCAGCAGAAAUAUACUCACCAUUUCUCCACAGACAAGUAUGAUGAUCAUCUUCAUCACAUAGGCCAAAGCAGCAACUGUGAUGCACUUUGUUUUUCUGUGUGUGCAUGCGUGCAUGUGUGUGCGUGCAUGUGUGUGUGUAUGUCUGUGUGUCUGUGUGCGUGCGUGCGUGCGUGCGCGCGGACGUGUGCGUGUGGACAUGUGCGUCCUGUAUUUCCUGCAUUGGCCUAUGUAAGGCGUAGAUCUAAGGGUUCGCAUUGGUGUUGAGUUUUGGUGUUUGGUAGUAUAUAUCGGUGCUGCUAUAUGUGGGCAGGGGUGUCGUUCAGGGGGAAAGUGUGACUGAGUCACCAGGGCCCCAUGUAAUAGGGGGCCCCCACACAGUUUGAUGUAUGUAGAUAUAUGGCUGGGGGUCCAUUGAAGCUGAUUGUACAUAGGGCCCACAAUUUGCUGCUAAGCCUCUGUAGGUGGGUAGGCUGUACUGUUUAUGGGGUAUUCUGUAUAGGGUUAGUAUUUGGGUAGCCUAUGUAUUAGAGCUGGCGUCUGACAAGAUGCCAGUAUUGGUAUUGGUGUCUGAUGUAUGUAGAUAUUGGUGCUGAUGUUUGAUGUGUUUGCGUGCAGCGUUGUGCCUCUCUUCCCCAACACGAUGUAGUUCCUCUGGGUUUGGAUCUGAUAUGAUCUGGAGAUAGCUAGAAAUCCAUGCCAGAGUGCCAUGAUAGGGAUCAAGAUGGGUGUUGUUAUUGUGUUAUAACGCAAUCAACACAGAGACGGAGGAAGAUAAGGAGAUGGGAAAACCGCCAAGCCAGAGUGAGUUACAUAUGUGUCUUUUAUAUCCUGAGUGGCACCUUUACACUGCAUCAACUCCACGUUUAGAAAGCUGAAUUUGACUGGACGUUACUGUUUAUGCUGUCAAAGAUAUUACAGGAAGCUGUUUGUUUAAGUGUGGUUGAUCACUGUAAAAGUGUUUUUCACAGAAGAAGUAUGUGGAAAACUCCAGCGCGUGAUGGCGUCGCUGAAAUAACUUUCUUUCCCAGCAGUGAGUCACGGAUAUGCGCGCGCGGGCUCGGCCUCUCUCUCUCUCGGUGGAGUGAGUAAGUGAGUUCGAGAGCUUCUCCUCCCUGCAAAGCACCGGCACCUCCCGUUAAGUGGGGCCGUAUUGUGUAACUCACUGGCGGGUUGGACAAGGUGGGAACCCUCAGAUGAUGAUGUCAGAAGAGAAAUGCAGGGGAGCGAAUCGGUGUCGGCGCGCGGGUCAUCCGGAGGUGAGGCCGCCAGCCUUCACGAGUUCAAGAAAAGUUCAGCCGCAUAGCAUUAGGCAAAUGAAUGAGAGAGAGAUAGAUAGAGAGAGCCUUCGUCGGCCGGGAGAGGGGGGAGCGAGUGAGACGCGCUGAAAUGAACGAUGAGAAACUUAGGGAAGGAGGGGGGUAAAUUACUUUAGGGCUGGAGUCCGAACUCCAUGAGCUAUUACGAUGAUUAGUUAGUACGUUAUAAUAACUUUCCUCUUUUAUGUGUCAAACAACAUGCAUCUCCUGUUGUUUUUGACGUAAUUAUAAGCCGUGCCCUCGGUAUCACCUUAGUGUGUUGUUGUUGCUAAUGGUUAGCCGGAUUGUCUGGUUUUCAUCCACGACACCGCCAACCAAUACAUCACAUCACAAAACAAGAAAAAUGAGUUUAGUGUUUUCAGCGGAACGUCUGUGGACCGUGCAGUGUUUUGGUGGUGACUUGAAAGGGUUAAGCGUGGGAGGAGCCGCGGGCAGCGAGGGGGAGUUGCGAACGAGACAACCGGAGGUGGAGCAAAGACACAGCUGCUCGCUCUCGUCACUACAGACACAGAGCGUGCUGGUGACACAAUUUGUGUGGGAACUCGGGGCUCAUCCUUGGACGUAAACACACACAACUAGAGAGGGACGAUUCAGCCCGUGAGCGUCGCGUCUGGAAGUGGAAAGUAGCCUACAUGUAAACAUCAACCGGUUGUGGAGGACCUCUUAUUUCUGGCGAGUCGCCUGAACUCGAGCCUCGAGUUAAUUGAAUAGAAGCCCUGGAAGAGAGCCAUCCGAUCGGAGCGAGAAUACGAGCUGGACUGCCCUGUCCUAUCUCAUCCCACGGCUGCAAGCAGUAGCCUAGGACGCUCCUUAGUGGAAUACCUCCUGUACAAGAGACCAGUUGGCUUUUGCAUUCUGCUUUAUGCCUGGCUUUUUAUAUUUGCAAGAACCAUGCUGCGUAUGUCUUUGGGCGUUUUUUGGCGCACAUAAAUUUGCAUUGCGCUGGAGUUUGCGAGUCGUUUGCGGGAUCUCCCCAGCACAGGAGGAGGCCGGGCGGACUUGAUCAUACCACGGGGGCUGGUUGAUCUCUGCCUGGGCAAGUUUCGUAGGCACCCAUCGAUAGUCCAGUCCGACAUUUAUUGAACACGGUGGCCCAGGUCGCCCUGUUGACAUGCGCUUAGACAUUCUGUCUAAUGUGCAGAUUCCUUUCAGAUUUGGUACGGGGCAUUUUUCCCUACUGUUACUUCGGUUGCACUAGUUAAUUUGUUUGGACCGGGAGCGAAACCAAAGUGCGGGAAUAGACGACCUACGAUGGCAGUUCUGGGAUAAGUCAACAUUAUUCUUCUGUCAAAGGGGGCGAAACAGUUGAUUCGCACUUUGUCCGUCCGACCGUAACUCCACGCCAGUUUCCCUUGGCUGCAAACACCAAACCUUGUGCGUCAAAGCGGGCGCCACAAUCGAACUGCAAAAACGUAUCCGUUGGAGGGCGCAAACCGAAGAGAUAGCAGGAUGUACGAAAGCGUGGACGUUGUGGGGCUCACCGCGAGCCCGAACCCCUUCCUCAUGAUGGAUUACUACAGCCAGAACCGGAGCUGCCUCAUCCCGGACAAGGGACUCGUUCCUGGGGCUAACCACCCAUACAGCUCGUCCCGGAGGAACCAACACUGGAGCGGCUCCAACCACUCCAUCGAGACGCAGAGUACGAGUUCUGAGGAGAUCGUUCCCUCGCCGCCCUCUCCGCCCCCUCCCCCGCGCGUCUACAAGCCCUGCUUCGUCUGCCAGGACAAGUCCUCAGGAUACCACUAUGGAGUCAGCGCCUGCGAAGGAUGCAAGGGUUUCUUUCGGCGGAGUAUCCAGAAGAACAUGGUGUACACGUGUCACCGGGAGAAGAACUGCAUCAUCAAUAAGGUCACACGCAACCGCUGCCAGUACUGCCGCCUGCAGAAAUGCCUGGAAGUGGGCAUGUCCAAGGAAUCGGUGCGUAACGACCGUAACAAGAAGAAGAAGGAGGAGAAGAAGGCUGAGUGUACUAGCGUGGAGCUGAGCAGCCCGGGGCCGGGCCUGAGCCCUGAGACAGAGGCCAUGAUCACCAGGGUCAGGAAAGCACACCAGGAGACCUUCCCAUCGCUAUGCCAACUGGGGAAAUACACCACGAGUAACAGUUCGGAGCGGCGCGUGGCCCUGGAUGUGGACCUGUGGGACAAGUUCAGUGAGCUGUCCACCAAGUGCAUCAUCAAGACGGUGGAGUUCGCCAAGCAGCUCCCCGGCUUCACCACGCUCACCAUCGCAGACCAGAUCACCCUGCUCAAGGCAGCCUGCCUAGACAUACUGAUCUUGCGGAUCUGCACGCGGUACACUCCUGAGCAGGACACCAUGACCUUCUCCGACGGCCUGACGCUGAACCGCACGCAGAUGCACAACGCCGGCUUCGGGCCGCUCACGGACCUGGUCUUCGCCUUCGCCAACCAGCUUCUGCCGCUCGACAUGGACGACGCCGAGACAGGCCUGCUCAGCGCCAUCUGCCUGCUGUGUGGGGAUCGUCAGGACCUGGAGGAGUCAGACAAGGUGGACGUCCUGCAGGAGCCGCUGCUGGAGGCCCUGAAGCUCUACGUCAGGAACCGCCGGCCCCACAAGCCACACAUGUUCCCCAAGAUGCUCAUGAAGAUCACAGACCUGCGCAGCAUCAGCGCUAAAGGAGCGGAGCGUGUCAUCACCCUGAAGAUGGAGAUCCCGGGCUCCAUGCCUCCUCUCAUCCAGGAGAUGCUGGAGAAUUCGGAGGGCCUGGAGAGUUCCGGAGCGUCGGGUUCCGGCCGCACGAGCGGCGCCCCCCCUGGCAGCGUCAGCCCCUCACCCACCCCCUCCCCCAGCUCCAGCCACAGCAGCCCCACCACGCAGUCGCCCUAGCAACACCCUUGCUGCCCCCUUUCCUAAUACGUACCCCUUAGCAAUGACCACCGACUACUGUGUCCCAAUGGGGAAGAAGACAUGCACAUGUGCUCGCAUGCACACACAUGCAAAUACAUAUGGAGUCAUGCACGCACCCACACACACAUAUACUGUACACACACACACACACACACACACACACACACACACACACACACACACACACACACACACACACACACACACACACACACACACACACACACACACACACACACACACUUUAAGACAUACUUACACACACAUGCGGACUUGAAGACAUACACUCAGACGCACACACACACACUAACACACACACACACACACAAACACACACACACACAAGCAUACACACACACAACAAGACUGGAGCUCCUGCCAUAGGCCUCCUGUGAGUGCAACUGUUGGAGGUGUGUCUCAUUUUCCUUCAUCUUUCGGAGAGACUAACAUGACAUGAGGUGUGUUUUGUUGCGCUUCUAUCCUUACCCCUCGCGCUUUAACUCUGGAGACGCACACACACACACACAAACACACACACACACACAUACACACGAACAGAGACACACUGACUGCCAGCCAACUGAGCAAUGAUUCGACCCCGGAAUGGGAUAUGAACAGGACCACUGUAAAAAAAUAAAAUGACCAGCGACCAUCAUUAUGGUCACAGACAGACUGGUUGGAAAUAAGAGACUCUGACUGGUUGACUGAAGGACGAAUCAAGAGGCCCGAGAAUGGAAGCAAAUCUGUGGGACAGAGACACUGUGGCAGGGUAUGAACGCCUGGACAUGAUUGGACGUUUGAGUGGAAGACAAAACAAUAGUCUUUCCAUCUUCUCCUUCUUUCAGCAAUUCCAUCUUCAAGAGACAGAUUUCUUACAAAAGUAUAUAUAUAUAUAUAAAUAUAUAUAGAAGAUCAGGAAUGAUUGUGAGUUGUCCAUGAAUGAAACAACAGAUUUUGAAGAAAAAAAAAGCAAGAAAGAAAAAAAAGAUUUUUUUGAACUUUAGAUGCUGUUGUAUUUCUUCACUGUUGCAAAUCUUUUCAUACCCAUGAACGCAAAAAAAGGAAAGUUGUUCUGUUGUUGUUUUUAUCACUGACUGAUGUUGUUUUCAUGGAAACAGAAAUUCUAAAAAUGAAAAAUUAAAAUUUUA